AUGGGGUGCGGAUCAUCCACUGCGGUGGUGGUGCGCGAUACGUUGCCAGCGCCAGAUGCGCGCAAGACCAACAAGAAGCGCCGCCGCAACAUGAAGGCGCCGCACGGCCACCUGCUGAACACGCUCGAUGAGACCAUCGAGACGGCCAAGGCGUGGCGUGAGUACGCCACGCAACGCCGCCAGCACUUUGCUGAUUGGCAUGCUUGGCUCGGCGAUGAAACGGAAAAUCCAAAUGAACACCGCCUCCGAAAGGCCUGCCAAGCACGCAUUGCCGAAGCCGAAGACCAAUCGGCUCAUGACGUUGACAUGCUCUCUCAUUACAAUGCCCAAGUUGCCAACCUCCAAGAAGUCCUCAAGGUGCUGAAGGAGCACGAUCGUCUGGUGACUGAUCUACGCACCGCUCAGCAACGGCUGCAUGACGCCCGAGAACAUCACCAAGCAGCCGUGCGCAAUCACGAAAAGGCCAAACUCAAGGCCAACUAUCAGACGCUCAAACCCAAGAUUGAACACGAUCUGAUGGAUUUGCAUGCACAAGUCGGGGCCUGCGAGCGCCAAGUUGAGGCCGCCGAGCGCACCGUCGAAAAGUCCGUCGUCAGUACACGUGAGCGCAAGCAGAUGCUUGUGGCCAAAUCGUUGCUCUAUACACAUGCUAGCAUGAUUGAUUAUCACCAGCGCAGCAUUGAGACCCUGCGCAAGUACAACGAACAGAUUCACAUACUCUGCCAGCCUGAAAAGGGAUCGUUUGCGCGCACCUCCGUCACCGCACCUGCGAUAGCGCCGUUUGUACCGGAUCAAUCCGAGGACUCUCAGGGCCCCCCUUUGUCCUUGCCUCCUGCCACACAGCAAUCCAUUGCGGCGCUGGAAGCCCCGCCAGCAAUGGCCCCGUCCACGCUCAACACGACCGCCUCGCCCGCCCUGCCAAGCAGUACGCCAGUCGCCGUUACAUCGGCAAGUGGGACCCCACAAGCGGCCUCUUCGAGCCCCGCAAUUUCCAGCCCGGAAUCUGCUCCUCUCGCGCUACAAGGGCCUGCUACCACACCAGCCGCAGCAGAGACCUCGAGCCCGCCCGUGCGGGAGGAAGUGCAGGCCAACACCACGACCACCUUGGCGAUCGUCCCUAGCACCGACCGGCCUGACCAUGAAGCGCGGGAACGGCGCAUACUACCUCCUAUCCAACGACCUUUGCAAGACGCGGCUGACGAGCUCGAAUAG